AUGGCGCUACGUACAUCCGCCGCCGCCUUUCCCGCCCAUACAAGCUCCAUGUUCGCGCACGGCCUAUGCCACCCACCAGAUGUGUUUGGCCAGGGGCAGACACCGGCUCGGGGCCCCUAUGAUCGACAGUACAUGGGCAACGCGGAUCUUGAUGCCCGUGAAGGUGUUUACGCUAUCUACAACAACAUGCCGCCGGCUUUCUCUGGCACUGGAGACCAUGUUCCUGCGUACCAUUUCGUGCCCGACCCGGCUCUCCUAGGAGGAUGCGCGUUCCAGAUGGAACCGGGCACGAUGCGACAAGAGCUCAGUAGCCCGGCCAUCGCUCACAACGGCCAAUAUCUGCUCGGGGUCCCGAGAGAGCCGUCCGGCCUCGCGAGGGAAGGAAACCAUGUGUCUUUACUUCCCCCGGCGCUGAAAAAAACCGCACCGGUGCCGCUGGUACCUCAGGAGUGUCUACAUUCCUUAUCGUCGUACAUCGACGGAAAAUGGAGCACGAUCGACUUCACCUUCACGGCGGCCAUUACCCGAGACAUGGAGUACGAUCAAGAGGUGAACGGCUACAUCAUCUACCGCCGAAAUUACAUGGACGUCUAUUGCUCGGUUGUCUUCCCGUCCUAUGGAGGUGACGAAUUGGUGCGCUGGAACUCCCCGGAAACAGGGGCUCAACUCAAAGUCCUCGCGUUUGGCGUAGGCGUGUCUGCUACGUCCGACAAGGACAACGGGUCGGUUGUGCUGAAUGAGUUGACCCCCCAGCGAAGAUUGGGUCCCAUCGCCGAAGUGGAGGUCAAGCGCCUAGAAUCUGACACCCAACCAGGGCCCACGAAAAAAGCGCACCAUUUCCAACGCCUGCAAUUCCGGCGAUCUACCAAGAAGAACGGCAAGGGACCGACCGCACAGGAGAAGUUCCUGUUGCGCGCCAGCCUCUAUGUCAAAAUAGACCAAGGGGGCGGCCAAGAGUCAGAUUGGAAGCGUAUUGGCUACAAUGAGUCGCCCGGUCUGAUUGUGCGUGGUCGCGCUCCCUGCUGUUUUAAACCCGACGAAUCCUCUUCGGAUGCAGGAAUGGUGCCCGUGCCCGGAUCCAUCGCUUCGAUCCUCAGUUGA